GCGCGUGGCCUAAACAAGCACGCAGCCUUUGAAUUCUGGAACGAGAGUCAUUUAUUCGAACACCUUCGAGGCACCAAACGACGUGCACCAAAACCAACCAUUUCCAUCAAUCCAGUUUCAUCUUCUUGAUCCUUUUGGAUCAUUACGCUUCAAUGAUUCUUUGCAGACGGUGAAGAGGGUAAUAACAAUAAUCUAGUUAUGGCGUUAUCGAGGUCGUUCAUACAGCGUGUGUCUCCAUUUUUCGCAGCUCGAAUUCGUCACAACUCCAGCCUACUUAGUUCUGCAUCAUCCUCUGCCCUUGCUAAAGAGCCUCAAUCUUCUUCCGUGUCUCCGCCGGAAGGAGAUACCGUUCGUUUGUCUGAUAAUUGCAUCCGGAGAAUGAAAGAAUUACAAGAUGAUGAAACUAAGGAAAAGAUGCUUCGAUUGAGUAUAGAGGCUGGUGGAUGCUCUGGAUUCCAAUACAACUUCGAACUUGAAGAGAAACCUAAAGAUGAUGACAGAGUUUUUGAGAGAGAUGGCGUUAAGUUAGUGGUUGACACAAUAUCAUUAGGUUUUGUAAAAGGUGCAACCGUUGACUAUGUUGAAGAGCUAAUCCGUUCUGGAUUUCAGGUAGCCGAAAAUCCAAGUGCAGUUGGUGGUUGUAGCUGUAAAAGUUCAUUCAUGGUCAAAUAGUUUUCUGGUGUAAGUUCCUUCUGUAUGCGUAGAUACCACAACAUACUUGGCUCAUCCUCACUUUUGCAAUUGUUGUUCGGAUGUGAUAGUGAACUAAAAAUCCGAUGCUAUACUGGUUUCUUUUGUUAAAAGGUAGAUGGUAGAAUUUGGCGUACUUUGGAGCAGGAUACCUCUCAUUUCUUUGCAAUUUCAGAUAUGAAAAUGGUUAUAAAUACAGAAUAAAGAAUGAUUCUCUAUUGGAUCAGAGAA